AUGUCUUCAUUGCGCAAGCCUGCAGCGACACAACGAAGCAGCUACUACUCGCUGGAGGGCUCUGCCUUUUUAGAGGACUACACUCCAGAGAUCGUCCGCACUGGUACCUUGAGUCAGAAGGUCGACGGCCUGUUCAAACGCAGAAAGACCAGCUGGCAGGACCUUGAAAGAAGAUUCGAGCGGAAAUCGAGGCCAUGGAAUCCUCUUGUCGCCUAUCUUUGGAACCGCAGAUAUCCCCUUCGUGCGCUCUUGUCCAUCACGGCAGCCUUCCUGGAGGUGUUCUUGCUUCUGUUCCUCUUCUGCACGUAUUACACCCUACCUGCUGAUCCCCACACCGGAGGAAAGCCACCUCGGAUCGCUGAUCUUUACUCUACAUUUCCAUUUAUGAGCUGCGUUGGUUCGAAGAAAUUAUCGGUCUAUCAAAGUGUGACCUUUUGCGUCGUACUUCUUGGUAUUACGUCGAGCACGAUCAGCUUCUAUUUCACCCGGGACGACCAAUUAGGCUGGCAAACACGGCGAGCAGGAUGGCUCGCAAGCGUUGUAGGAGCCGGUCUCAGCAUCUGGGUUGUCUUUGCCGCGGCGAACCCUGACAAGCAUCUCCACCUCCUCGUUACCGCGGUCAAAGCGAUCACCGUCUUCUGUAUCAAAUCUACCGGACUGCUAGUUGAUCACUUGGAACGGCGAAAAUAUCCUGCGCUUCGCGAAGUUGGUGUGAUCAGAGUCUUGCUGUGGUGGAGAGCUAUAACGUUGGUGUUCGCCUUUCCUCUGGCCUUGAUGACAAACGUAGCUAUAUUCGGUUGCAGCGGGUCAAAACCUGCAGAUAUUCAGACUCCAGGCACCAGAUGCUACUGGAUCAUGGCACUAGGUGCUCCCGCAGAGUGGCUGUACGCACUCACCACGGUCUCCUGGAGCCUAGCAAUCGCCUUCGACGUCUACUCCACGCUCAUCAUCACUAAGGUCAAAUCUCAACAAGAUCAGGCAAAGAUAGGCCUGCUGACGUCGCCUUUGACGGGCCAAUGGGGCAUCCAUCCACACAGUCCGCAAGGUCCAGCGAUUCUCGUCUCACCGGAGGAGGACGAGAGCUUCCAUCCAGCUCAAUCGCCACUUCACGGGGUCGGCUGGAAGGAAAAUCGCAUCAGACACUACGAGGAUCUUGACACAAAGGUUAUGCAUGUUCAUGGUGAGCAUGAUGUCGCGGACGAGGACGAGCCUGAGGAAGAUCUUGGGCUCGCCGUUCAGACGAGAAAUUGGGCAUGA